UUCAGUUUAGUUCGGUUAACUGCGUACAGAGGUAGUAAUGGAUAUCAGGAUUAAAAUGACAAUUUUUACUUUAAUAUUAACAUUAAGUUUAAUGACAGAUGAAAUAUACACUAAAGUCGGAGUAAAAUAUGUGUUAAGAAUAAAAAGGAAUGAAACACGUACAUUGUGUCAACAAUUGUUACCACAUAACUUGACACUGCGUAAUAAGAUUACACCAUCAACUUAUAUAUUUGAAUACACCGGUUUUAGAAAAAAAUCUACGUUACAUCGGACGAUAUCAAAAAUCAAAAAGCUUUACAAAAGUAAGAUAACAGCUCUGGAACGUGUUCGGGAAUAUAAAAACACACUGAAGCCUGGGAACACAUUGAAACAUCGGGAUCCAGACUGGGGAUUAAUCGAUAAAAACGUCUUUUCAGAUAACAUAUUAAAUCCCAACCUUGUGUGCGACCGUUACUAUGGGAUGGGCGUUCACAAAGCUUGGGCAAGAGGAUACACAGGGUCCAAUGUCACUAUUGCUAUAACAGAUGUCGGAAUAAACACAGAGCUUCUAGACCUAAAGAACAAUUUGAAUACAAAUCUGAGUUACAACUUUAUAGACGACAGUUCAAAUGUUACACCAGAAUAUUACCACAACCUUCAAAAGAAAUCAUCGCAUUUUACGGAUCAUGGAAAUAAAGUCGCAAGCAUAAUUGCAGCUACAAAAGGAAAUGGUAUAUGUAGUGCUGGAAUUGCGCACAAUUCGACAAUAAUAGCACUGAAGAUCUACAAGGUAAAGCUUUUCAACAACCAUAUCCCUGUGCUAGAGCCGAGUCAUUGGACAUGUUCUGAUAUUAUUGCAAGAGCACUUGUGUACAACCUGGAUACAAUUGAUAUUUUUGCUAAUGCGUGGGCACCAACAAAACCAUUUGACACGUUAGAUUUAGCUACUCGAGAUGCAGUUAGUUACGGGGCAAAGCAUGGUCGACAUGGUUUAGGUACUAUACACGUUGUACCCUCAGGACCACCUGGAAAUGAGUUGUCAAACAACGUCUACACUAUAACAGUUAACAGCAUAGGGAGAAACGGAGCAGUACCUGACUACACGUAUACAGAUGCCAGUGUUCUUACGUCAGGGCUAGGAGAGGGAAAUAAUCUUACUUCUUCUUCAAUGGUCACUACCACUCUUAGAAACAGAUGCAUUACUGGUUUUAAUGGCGUUUCUGCUGCUACAGCUCAAGUGACAGCACUGAUUGGACUAGCUCUAGGGGCAAAUAAAAACCUGUCAUUGAGAGACGUUCAACAUCUGCUUGUUCAUACAUCCGACUAUAAGCAACUACGCAAGGAGAAAAUUGCAUUCCAAAGCAAUGCCGCUGGCAUACACUUUCAUGGGGUGUUUGGUUUUGGUCUAGUGAAUGCUGACAAACUAAUUUCACAAGCACUCAUCCAAACUCCAACACCAAAGUUACGAACAACGACUCUAUACACAUACAUUACUAGAACACCCUCAGUCCGUACACAAACUUUCGAAUUUUGUCAUAGUUGUGACAAGACGAAAAGCCAAACUUGCCUUGCAAAGAUGGAACACAUCAUGGUAAAAAUGAACCUAAAAUCAAGUUCAGGUGAAAUCAAAAUGGCGAUAAAAUCACCUGGCGGAACAACAUCAGUCUUGAUGUAUUUUCAACCCAAACGGGGCAAGCCGGUGGCUGUGAGCAAAUUGCGACUGGUGUCUGUACAUUUCUGGGAUGAGAUAGCGUUUGGUCCUUGGGUUCUAUAUGUUCAGGAUAGACAUUCUGCAAAUGAAACAAAUUUAAGUCAGCUGUCUGUAACACUUUAUGGAACAGCUGCUCCAGCAAUAGCACGGUUUCAACAACAGUACAGUGAUAUAUGUACAGUAAACACCACUAGAGGAAAGGAUGUUGUAACAACAAGUCAAACACUCAUGACAAGUGCUCCACAUAAAUCUCCAAAAACUACAAAGAACACAAAGCCUAGUUCCGAUGUAAAUGUUAAAGUUGUACUGCCGGUAUUAAUGGUUUUAGUCUUGUUUCUGUUUAUUCUGUAUAAACGAUACAAUAUGUCAGUUAUGUCACUUCUGUCAUAUUGUCCUACAAGAACGCGAAGUGUCUCUAGCUAUACAAAUGUGUUAUCAGAAAUACAAGAAAAUUUAUAAAGUGGUCUGAUACAUUCACAACUGAAAUGGGAUAAUGAUAAUCCAAUCUUAUUUGUUAAUGACUUAUAUAGAAUGUUGUUACAUCUUAACUUUUCAAGUUCGGGUUUUCACUUAGAAAAGAUAGUGUCCCUCUUUCUCUGUGCUGUCAACAAUAUUAUUACGCAUAUUUUUUAAAAAAAUUUAAAAGCUUGAAAAUUGAUUACGUUAGUUCGCAUGUAACACAUAAAUUAAUAAUUAAUUAAUUAAUUAUUAAUUAAGUGUUGCUUAUAAUUACUUAUCUUAUUAAUCAACAACAAAAGCCACUAAAAUUUGUUUCAUUAAAUGACGGAUAUAUCGAUGAAAUGAAAUAUAGCUUUAUUCUAUCUCACUUACAUCGUUUUGCACGUUUUGUCUCAUUUUCACCCAGGCAAAUAGUAAGGUUUGAACUGUGUUAAAAUGAAGCUCACCUUUCGUAUUAUUAAUUAAUAUAAAGAUUUUUCUAUAUUAUGUAUUCACGACCUGAGCUCGAUGAUUCUUUAUUUGCUUUUUUUAGUAAAACCACAAUCCAUGUUCACAUCUUUUGUUUUUGUUUGGGUAGGGAGGGGGCGCAGGGGGUGUAACAAGUGUUCGAAGUUCAAAUUCUUUUACUCUGAGCUCACAGUUUAAUGCAUGAAAAAUGUAAAGUACAUUGUGCUAUCAACUCGUAAAGAAUAUUGAACAACUAUGUUUCAUAUAUCUUGCUAUUUUAAAACCAGACCAACUUAAAAAUCCACAACAUGUGAUAAAGUAAAGUAAAAAAAUGUACAUAUAUAUAAAGAAAAAAUAAACAACAUUACAUGAGUUACAUAAUAUUUGCCUACCGGUUUCGUUUAUUACUCAUCAGGGCAAAUAAUACAAUAUGGCGUCAUAAAAUGUGUAAUGGGUAAGCAACGUCAUUUUUGCGUACACAUGUGUACACAACGUAAAUAUUGUGACGUUAUCAGUUUUGGUUAAGUCUCUGUUUAGAUAUCAAUGAAAUGGCGUUCUCUAGACAACCUAGCUGAAAAAUCAUGACUGUGAUAUUUGUAAAAGAAAUAUUGAAAAUUUUAGGACGAUGUUUGAGCAUAUAUCUAAAUAAGUACUUAAAGGCAAUUGUCUUGUUGGUGGGUCUCUUAUUUGUUGGUUAUGUACUUUUCUUUUAUUUCUGAGUUUAUCUCCUGUUUGACCAAUAUAAAAUUCAUUACAUCUAUUACAAACUAGUACAUAUAAUACAUUUUGAACAGUGCAGUCCAUACUUUCUUUAACAUGAAAUAUUUUACUUUUUAAACUGAAAGAAGACCCUUCAAUUAUCCAGAUACAUAAACUACAUCUAGGGUCAUUGUAUUUUUGUACUGAUGGAGAAGUUCUGUUUUCAUUAUAUUCAGAUUUAAUAAGAGGUCUUUGUAAAUUCGGAAGCUGUCUUUUACAUUUUAUUAUUUUUGUGUCGUAUAUUAUUCUUUUCAUAGUAUCAUCAUUUUAUUAAAGCAAUACAAAUUCAUGAAGUAUUUAUUUAAGCCUACAAAAUAAUAAAUGUGAAAACAUUAUACCAUAUAUUUCUACAUAUAAUCCUACAACAGGGAGCGAUUUGGGAUAUUAAAGAGUAACUUGGAUAUUUUUUCCACUCAGUCUUUUUAUUAUUUGAAUGCGUUUUGACAUCACAUGUGAAAACUUUUUAGAUGAAGCUUUAUUCUUUGUUAUAUCUAUCACAGUCGAAAACUUAUAAAUUUCACAUUGUCAUUAUCACUAAGAGCUAUGGCCGAAUGGUUAAAGUCGCUGAUUUCGAAUUAUUUUCUCCUCAUUCAUUCGGUUCGAAACAUCGCUUGAGGUAUAGACAGUUUUAUGUGAAGAAGCCUCCACGUCGCUUGCGAUAAGUCGUUGUUCUACCCAGAUAGAAUCCUGAAAUAAUUGGCUUAAAGGGCACAGAGGAUCUUCCUCCCAAAUUCGACAAAUGACCCGUAAUUGUUUCGGUGUGACGUUAUGUUAAAUUCAAUUAAAAAUACUUGAAACCCUGAUCUCUUUCUGUGUUUACUGAUCUUAAUAUUAAGCACUUGACACUUUUAUCUUAUCAAUUUAGACACAAGAAUCAGUUUUUUCUAAUGCACCUUGAUUUUGGUUCCAAUAUUUUCCGGGUUCUGUGUAUAUGUGAAAUACGUUUCUUUCCUUACAGUUAAUACAUCGUACGCCUUAAAGAUUGCUUACAAUCGUUUUUACUUUCACCCUAAUCAUUUCUAUUUGGAAUAUAAGAAAGAUAAUAAAAAUCGAAACGUUUUUCAUUGUAAUAAAACAAAAUUGAAAGCAAGACUGUUGCAGUAUAUUUGUUAUUCCAGUAUCGUCCGUUGUGCCAAGAUAUAUACCUUCUGUAUGUUUAUGUUUAUAUUAUUGUCAUUGUUAGCUUUGCCAUUUAUACAAAAAAAAUCAAAAAAAAAAAAAUCACAAA